AUGGCCAUCGAGGUGGCGGGGCUGGGCGGUGUGGUGCGGUUCGGCGAUAAGCUGAGCGACGGCGAUGUGAUGAAGGCCAUGUGGGUGGUGGAGGAGGGGGGCGAGGGCGGCUGGGGGGAAGGUGGCCGACACACUCAGAGUCGCCGAGCGGUGCGGCAAUUGCCAGCUGCCGGUCAUUGUGGGUGCUGCGGAUCUACAGGCACACGCCACCAAGGCGGUAAACACGACACACAGAAGAGGCAAUGGGUGGGCUGUUGGAUGUGUGUGUGUAUUCUUCAUUCAGGAUUUCUUGGCGCUGCCCCGUUUCUGUGCGCAGUGGAUGAUCGUCGGCCGCCAUGUGGCCCUCCGCCGCCCCACCGGCCAGCAAGACGGCACACUUCAGUUGUUCCGCCACAGCAACAUCGAGAUCCGGAUCAUCCGCAACGAGCCCGGCUUCACCAUCACCCUCAACCCGCCCCUCCCCCAGCCCACCCGCCCCAUCCAUCCCUUCUCGCAGCACCCCUUCACCCACCACGCCAAGCCACACGACCCGCCAGUCCGCUGCCGCAUCCGGUGGCAACCUGGUGUGGGCUGGAUGACGCUUCGUGUCAACGACGGGCAUGUUUACGCCUCGGCGAGCUCCGUGUUGAAGCGUCUGGUGCUGCGUCACCGGCUGUUGGCUGUGGGCGGCUUCACCUACUCGCCAGCAGUGGUGGUGGAGGGUGAGUGGUGGAUGGAAGACACGCAAUGAGAGGGCAAAUGGCUAUGUGGUGCGCUACUGAUGUGUGUGUCAGGAGUGUACGUGGCGGCCACUUCGACCGCAUCAUCACCCAAUCGCCGCACACGGCCCUCAACUCAUCCUCGGAUGUGCUGA